CCACCGUUCACUUCAUUGAGUUCGAAUCGACUGAACCACCGAGUCACACAGCUCAGUCACCGUGAAGCGCAAAGUGAACCGAGUCAUGGACCCACUGGAAGCGCUCGCCGCCCAAAUCCAAGGGCUCUCGAGCACCUCCGGCGACAUCGCUCGCCUCCACAUCAUCCUCAAGCAGGCCGAUGACUCGCUCCGCUCCGAGUCAACUCGGUUGUCUCCCCUCUUCUCCCAACUCCACCCUUCCCACCAUACCCUUGGGUUUCUCUAUGUCCUAGAAGCAUUCACCUCAAAUUCAAUUUCAAAGGAGCAAGCUGAGACUGUGAUUCCAGUUAUUACCGGGUUCGUUGCUGCUUGCAGCGUUGAGCAAAUUCGAUUGGCACCAGAAAAAUUUAUAUUGGUUUGUAAGAGGCUGAAGGAUCUGGUGAUGCUGCUUGAAGCUCCCAUUAGAGGGGUUGGUCCUUUGCUCACUGCUGUUAGGAAGCUUCAGCUCUCACCUGCACACUUGACUCCUUUGCAUUCUGAGUUUCUUCAGCUUUGCUUGUUGGCAAAGUGCUAUAAAACUGGCUUCUCCAUAUUGGAGGAUGGUGUUUCUGAGAUUGAACAACCAAGAGAUGUUUUUCUCUACUGUUAUUAUGGGGGUAUGAUAUGCGUUGGACUGAAGCGCUUUCGCAAGGCAUUGGACCUUCUACAUAAUGUUGUAACUGCUCCAAUGACUUGUAUGAAUGCUAUAGCUGUUGAAGCUUACAAAAAGUAUAUAUUGGUUUCUCUUAUUCAUCAUGGACAGUCACAGUUAGCUUCAAGUCUUCCGAAGUAUACCUCUUCAGUUGCUCAAAGGAACCUAAAGCACUUUUGUCAGCCGUACAUUGAAUUGGCAACUACUUAUGGCACAGCAAAGAUUGCAGAACUAGAAGCUUAUGUCAACACAAACACAGAGACGUUUGUAAAUGACAACAAUCUUGGACUGGUUAACCAGGUUGUAUCAUCCAUGUAUAAACGGAAUAUUCAAAGAUUGACCCAAACAUACUUGACCCUUUCUCUCCAAGAUAUAGCCAGCACAGUGCAGUUAAAUACCUCCAAGGAAGCAGAAAUGCAUGUGCUACAAAUGAUUCAGGAUGGUGAGAUACAUGCGACAAUCAACCAGAGGGAUGGAAUGGUGAGAUUCUUAGAGGAUCCUGAACAGUAUAAAACGUGUGAGAUGAUUGAGCAUAUUGAUUCAUCAAUCCAGAGGAUUAUGGAACUAUCGAGGAAACUAAGUACAAUGGAUGAACAAAUUUCAUGUGAUCAGCUGUACCUGUCUAAGGCUGGGAGAGAGCGGCCGAGAUAUGAUUCUGAUGAUUUUGAUGUUCCAGCAAAAUUCAACAUUUAAGGCAAGGGCAUCUGUUCAUAGAUGAAUUCAUGAUGUGAAUGAUGCAAUUUGAAAAGGUCCAUUGGCCUUUUCCCUCUUUUCUUUCACCGGUGCAAAUGGGUGUGGAUUUGUUUUGCUCAAGGAAAGAGUUCAUCUAUGAUUCAAAGCCAUGUUUAGUCAUGGAUUAGCAAGGAGACCGUUGAACAUUUACAUAACUAUUGACUUUUGUUUUACUGCAUGCAUUAUGGAUGCUCUGGCGGCAGCAUUGUGCAGGAAUCAGUAGAGGUUUCUGAAGUAAAAUAGCUCCCUUUUUAGUUUAUAUAGAAACAAAUAGAGUUUUGUUAUUCUACUAACUCCUUUUUGCUAAUUAGGGGGCACAUCAGGGGAAUAUUUGCUAUGGUUACUUCAAUUAAAAUUUUCCAAACAAAAUUAUAUUCUAUGA